AGCCUCAACUAGUGGGCUCUCUUUAAGCUCUUUCUUUAUCAUUGCUGGGCCUAUUUAAAAUGAAGCUCAAGAGAGGUUUUAGUGUCUGAUUCGCGGCAUUUCGUCUCUUCCGGUUGAUUUCAUAAUUCAAAACUCUUGCUCCGCGAUAAUGGCUCAGACAGUUGUCCUCAAAGUUGGUAUGUCAUGUCAAGGUUGCUCUGGUGCUGUAAAGAGGGUGCUUGAGAAAAUGGAAGGUGUGGAGUCAUUCGACAUUGAUAUGAAGGAGCAGAAAGUGACAGUGAAGGGAAAUGUAGAGCCAGAUGCAGUUUUCCAGACUGUGUCCAAGACAGGAAAGAAGACUUCCUUCUGGGAAGCAGAAGCACAAGUUGAAAAUGGAGCAAAACCUGAUUCUGCUGAAGCUGUUGUUGUUAAUGGAGAAAAACCUGUUUCUGUAGAAGCUGUUGCUGUUGAAGAAGAAAAGUCUGUUUCUGUGGAAGCUGUUGCUGCACUUGUGGAAGCUGUUGCUGUUAAGGAAGAAAAACCUACUUCUGCUGAAGCUGUUGUUGUUCCUUGAUGUGUUAAGCGGCUAGCCACCAUGGUUUCUAUAUGUACUAAUUGUUGAGAUGUCAAGUAUGUCUUGAGGGUACUUGUUGGUUUGUUGGAUGCCUAAUCUCUCCGCAUUGAUUGAUUACGUUCUUAAUAUAAAAUAUAUAAGAUAUAUAGGGGAAAUACAGUUCUGUGUGA